GAGAAGGACCUCAUCCACAAGCUGUUCAAGGUGCUGGCACCCCGGUUCCAGCCCCACCCCGGCAGCUACACCCGCAUGCUGCAGAUCCCCAACCGGGAUACCCUUGACCGCGCCAAGAUGGCAGUCAUCGAGCUGAAGGGGAACCCCUACCCACCGCUCAUCCGCCCGCGCCGUGACACUGAGAAGACGCUGCUCAACCAGCUCCUGAAGGGCUACCGGGAGGACAUGGAGCGGGCAGCAGCCACACAGGCCCCCGAGGGCACCCCUGUCUAG